CGUACACACGGACACACACACAAGCACACGCGAGUACACACAAAUGUGUGUUGUAUUGGAUUUUUUUCUAGACGGAGAACAUUUCGAUUGCUGCACUUUUCGGGAUUUCAGGAUCGCCCACCGCCGAAUUGAGUGUCCAAAAUGAACGAGGGGAGCCAGUACUCCAUACACACGGUGUGCCGCACCUGCCUGUCCACGCUGGACAACACGGCGGCCUACGAUCUGUUCCGGGUUCCCGGUCUGGCCAAGAAGCUGUGCGUGUGCACUUCGUUGUCCGUGGAACAGGCGGACGGCUUCCCCAAGAACCUCUGCACAGUGUGCUUCGCCAAGCUGAACGACCUGCACGACUUCCAGAAGCAGUGCGUCGACUCGGUGCAGAAGUUCCAGGAUCUGGUGGCCAGCAACGCCUUUGCCUGCCAAACCAACUUCGAUGUCCUCGAUCCCAGUGCCGCCGUCGCAGAUCUGCCCGGCGAGGAGGAGGACAACGUCCACUUUGAUCCGCUGCUCAACUCCAAGAUCGAGAUCAUCGAGAACGAGGAGGAUGUCUUCAAGAUGCUGGAGUCCGUCGAAAAGGAGGUCGAGGAGGUGGAGAUGGAGCUGGAGCAGCCCUUUGCCGACGAAUCGCAGGACGACUCCUUUGAGAGCGGCAACGACAACGACCUGGACGCGGACUUCCAGCUGAACAGCAGCGACGACGACAUUCCGCUGGCCCAGCGCAGUCGGCGUGGUGCUGCCCGUGGCUCCAAGGCCAAGGCCAAACCCAAGGCGUCCGCCCGACGGCAGAAGGAUGAAGAGGACGAGGAGUCCGAGGAUUCCAGCUCUUCGGAGGACUCGGAUGGCAAUCCCAAGGACAAGCCGAAGCGCAAGAGGAUUCCCGCAACGGAGCGGGAUCGCCACCGGCUGAUUGACUGCCACAUUUGCCACCAGAAGUUCAAGAAGGCCAUCCGGUACGAGGAGCACAUGAAGCACCACAACGACUUGCUGCCCUUCCAGUGCACCGUCGAGAGUUGCAGGAAAGGCUUCACCACCGCCAACGGGCUGCGCGUCCAUGUGGAGCACGCCCACACGGAGACGUCGGCCAUGCAUCCGUGCACCUACGAGGGCUGCAACAAGUCCUUUGCCCGGCCCGUGCUGCUCAGCUUCCACAUGAAGCGGGUGCACAAGGUGGACACACCGCAGAGGGACUUCCCGUGCACCGAAUGCGAGAAGGUCUUCCGCUGCCCCACCGCCCUCAAGAAGCACAUGUACAAGCACACCGGCGAGGAACUGCCCUUCGCCUGCGAGAUCUGCGGCAAGCGCUUCCCGAUCAACAGUGUGCUGCGCGAUCAUCUGCUUCGGCAUGCGGGCAUCAAGAACCAUGUGUGCCCCUACUGCGGAGUGGGCAAGACCACGCGCCAGGAGUGGAAUAAGCACAUCCUCACACACACCAAGGAGAAGAAGUACGAGUGCCGGCAGUGCGACCACGCCUCCCACAACAAACAGGCACUGGCCAACCAUGUGAAGGUGGUGCACGAGAAGCGCAAGGACUUCGCGUGCCAGUACUGCGGAAAGACCUUUGGAAAGUCGCACGCCUGCAAGAUCCACGAACGGAGCCACACGGGGGAGAAGUGCUGCGAGUGCAAGAUCUGCGGCAAGGUGUUCCUCUUCGAGAAGGGCCUCACCAAGCACUUGAAAACGCACGAGAAGAGGGAUCUGCCCAAGACGCAGGGGGCCAAUCCCUUGAUGGGCGACGGGGCCAGUGGCUCCUCGACCAUCGCCAAGCCCAGUCCGCAUCUGCGCGGUCGCGUCGAGCGGGUGGACAUUGCCCAGCUGGCGGGAACGGUGGCCAAUCCGAUUCCAUCGGUGAACCUGCCCUCGUGGUCGCCGCAGGUCAACUUCACCAAGAAGGAGGGCCAGCACAUCUGUCCGGAUUGCGGCAAGGGCUUCAACCAUGUGAGCAACAUGAAGCUGCACUACAAGGUGGUGCACCAAAAGGUCAAGGACUUCUGCUGCCGCUUCUGCCCGAAGAGAUUCGCCAAGAAGCAGUAUCUGCGGCACCACGAGUACAUUCACACCGGUGAGAAGCCGUACGAGUGCAAGGUGUGCGGGAAGCACUUCCGCCAGGAGCAGGUGCUCAAGACGCACAUGAAGGUGCACGACAAGCCGCCCCGUCCUCCGGGCAAGCCCAAGGAGCCGGCGGGUCCGAAGGCGGAGAGCAGCACCACGGUGAAGCGGCAGCAGCCCAAGAACUUCGAGCAGUACCAGGAUCCGGCCGCGGAACGGGCGGCGGCCACCGCCGAGCUGCUGGCCUACCAGAUCGAGGAGAACGAGACCAAGCGCAAGGCGGAGGCGGAGCUCCGGAAGAUCCAGGAGGCGGCCUUCGAGCAGCUCAACAAGCUCCAGAAGCAGACAAACACCUACGAUGGCUUCUACGCCCAGAAGGCGGAGGCGGAAGGCACUUCGGUGGAUGCCCUGAAGCUGGACCAUGUGCCGCAGCUUUCGAUUCCCACUGGAACGGGCAUCAUGGAGGAGGAUGACGCCCAGUACUCGGUGCACGCAGUGUGCCGCAUCUGCCUGAAUCGCCUCCCGGAGAACGGCGGCAAACCGGAGUCCUUCGACCUGUUCCUGAUUCCCGGACUGGCCAAAAAGCUGUGCGUGUGCACCUCGUUGUCCGUGGAGCCGUCGGAUGGAUUCCCCAAGAGCCUGUGCACGCCGUGCUUCAACCGACUGGACGACCUGCACGAGUUCCAGAAGCUGUGCGUCGACUCGGUGCAGAAGUUCCAGGACAUGGUGGCCAGGAAUGUCUUCUGCUCGCCCGCCAGCUCGCAAAUCAAAACCUUCGAUGUGCUCAACGUGGCCGGAAACGAGGCUGAAUUGGCGGGCCAGGAGGAGGAGGAUCGCAUCAACUUUGAUCCGCUGCUGGAUCACAAAAUGGAGCUGAUCGAGAACGAGGAGGAUGUCUUCAAGAUGCUGGAGCACGUGGACAAGGAGGCCGAGCAGGUGGAGAAGGAGGUGAAGCAGGACGAAAUGGAUGCCGCCGACCUGAUGACCAUUUUCGGGGCUGAUUCCUCGGAGGAGAGCGACGAUGACUUCGAGCAAGGUGUGGACUUUGAGCCCAACAGCAGCGAUGGCGAUGAUGAUGUGCCUCUGGCCCAGCGCUUAAGGGAAAAUACCAGGGUGAAGCCCAAACCCAAGCGACUUCAUAUCAAGGAAGAGGAGCAGGAGUUCCUCUCACACUCCGAGGAGGAGCAGGAGCAGGAGCAGGAGCAGGAGGAGGAGGAGGACGAGGAAGGGGAAGGGGAGAAGACGAAGACCAGGCGCAGGAGGAUUCCGCCCGGUGAACGCCACCUGCACCGCAUCAUCGACUGCCACAUCUGCCACCAGAAGUUUAAGAAGGCCAUCCGCUACGAGGAGCACAUGAAGCACCACAACGAUCUCCUGCCCUUCCAGUGCAAAGUGGAGACCUGCAGGAAAGGUUUCACCACCGCUGGCGGAUUGAGGCUCCACAUCGACCACGCCCACACGGAGCUAUCCGAGGUGCACUCAUGCAGUGUCGAUGGCUGCGGCAAGACUUUCCCGCGCAUCCGCCUGCUCACGUUUCACAUGAAGAAGAUGCACGGCAUCAGCAAGGCGGCGGCACCGCCACGGGAUUACCCCUGCUCCGAGUGCGACAAGGUCUUCCGCUGUCCCAUGGCGCUCAAGAAGCACAUGUACAAGCACGACGGCAAGGAGCUGCCGUUCCCCUGCAACAUCUGCGGCAAGCGUUUCGUGAUCAACAGUGCUUUAAAGGAUCAUCUAAUGAGGCACGCGGGCAUCAAGAACUACGUGUGUCCCUACUGUGGGGUGGGAAAAACCACCAGGCAGGAGUGGAACACGCACAUCCUGACCCACACGCAGGAGAAGAAGUUCAAGUGCCACAUAUGCGAGCACGCCUCGCACAACAAGCAAAGUCUGGCCAACCACAUUAAGAUCGUCCACGAGAAGAUCAAGAACUAUGCGUGCCAGUACUGCGGGAAGACCUUUGGAAAAUCGCAUGCCUGCAAGAUUCACGAGAUGACGCAUACAGGAGAAAAACGCUGCGAGUGCAAGGUUUGUGGCAAAAAGUUUCUCUAUCCCAAGAGCCUGACCAAACACCUAAAAACUCACGAAAAGCGGGUGUUGCGGGCAAUCGAGACGUAUCGUCAGCGGCAGGUGGAGAUGGGUGAGUCACCUGGCGACCAGGUGGACAAUCCACCAGCGCCACCUGUGGAGGGCGUGUCCGUCGAGCCGAUCAUGACCCAAAACGCCGCCGAUGAAUUGCUCAAGGUGUGCGCCGAGUCCGUGGCCACCAUACCCAAGGAUCCACGCCGAGUGCAACGGGUGGACCUGGCCCAAUUGGCAGGCACCGCAGUGAAUCCCAUACCCUCGGUUUCAGUGCCCUCCUGGUCGCCGCAGGUGAACUUCACCAAGAAGGAGGGCAAGCAUAUCUGCCCCGGUUGUGGACAGGGAUUCAACAACAUUGGGAACAUGAAGCGCCACUACAAGAUCAUCCACGAGAAGGUCAAGGACUUCGCCUGCCGCUUCUGUCCGAAGAGAUUCGCGAAGGCCCAGACGCUGCGGCACCACGAGUGGAUCCACACCGGGGAGAAACCAUUCGAGUGCAAGACCUGCGGCACCCAUUUCCGACAGGAGACGGCACUGAAGCGCCACCAGCGCACCCACGAGAACCGUCCGCCCGUGAUCUCGCCCAAGUUCUAUGCCGCUCGCGAGGAGCUGGAGGAGCAGGAGCGCAGCAAGCGGGAGGCCAAGCGCCAGGCGGAUGCCAAGCGUCACGAGAUUGCCGAGGCGGCCAAGGAGCAGCUUUCCUCACUGCACAAGCUGGAGAGCAGCGAUCGCAGCCUGCACUCGUACGAUGAGUACCAGGAGGCGGCGGCGGAGCGAGCAGCUGCAUCCGCGGAACUCCAGGCCCAGCAAUUCGAGGAGUACGAGGUGAAGCGGCGGGCGGACGAGGAGCGGCGCAAGAUCAAGGAGGCUGCCUACGAGCAACUGCAGCGACUGCAGCAUCAGCAGGAGGUUGACAAGGCGCAGAGCUCCUACGAUGGCUACUACGCCCAGAAGGCUCAUGCCGAUGGCACCAGUUUGGACGCUUUGAAAAUCGACCAUGUCUGAGAUCUAACCAGCGUCAAACGCUGUCAAAGGUGGAAGAUGAAAAGUGGAUUUUUAAUGAAAAGCAAUACCUUGUAAUCCUUAUAAGAACAGUGUGUAUAAGAUGGAUAUAUAGCAUAGGCUUAAACAAAAAAUACAUUUACAUGAAAUUAAA